AUGGAUAUUGAUUUUCUGCGGUUAUUGUUUCUGGUCGGCGUGAUUUGCCCUCUGAUGCAAGAACAUUCAUUGCGGCUAAAAAAGCUCAUCAGUCAAGCGCCAGAAGACGCCAUGUUCAAGAUCAGAAGACUUGUUUACAAGUGAUUAUUUAAAUCAAAUCGCGUGCUACGUGCCGACCAAAAAAAGCGAUGUAGAUCAAACCUGUCAACAGGCAGUGUUCUCGCCAAUGGGAGCUUGCAUCAGGAUCUGAUGCACGGCGGUUGCCAUGAAAAGACGGUCCCAAAUGUUUGUUAACACUCACCCUUUCCCUUCUCUCUCCUCGCGAUUUUUUCACCCUUUCCCCAAACAGAGAGCCUGUUCACAGGCUAAGCUCAGCGAUGCUCGGAACUAAACGAUGUGUACCUGAUAAAAUUCAAGUGGUGACAUUCGUCAGCAAGAUUAAAGGGGCUGUAUCACCUGGUGAGCUUGCGAGAAAAAAACAAGUGCUUUGUCUCGCAGAAGUGCCAACAACUGCAUCUGCUAAAUAG